AUGGAGGACUGGUGGGAGAGAAACCAGGGCGCCUUCGAACGAAAUCAGAUCAAGGUGGCUGGUCACGCGUGCAUUACCGCCGCCGUCAAACCAGAUGGCAAACACCAAUUCCUCUAUGAAGAAUCACGCGUCACGAUCCGCAACCUUGUGAAGAAGCAUAUUUCCGACGAGCAGAAGCCAGCAUGGAUAGGAGGGGUCAACCUUUUCGUGUCGUUGAUGCGUAAGCUGAAGGUGCUACUUGCAAUCCCGGGGAAUUUGCGCAUAAGGAGAAAAGAUAUUGUCUCUCGCCUCACGAAGCGUUGCGGUAUAUCUCAAGAAGUCGCAAAACAAUUGGCUGAUAUGAUCAAACAAGAGACUAGUAAAGACUCUGUCCUCGUCGAUACCUGA